AUGGCACCUAAGUGUAUUGUUAUUGGUAGCUUGAAUGGCCAGCUACAGCUCGCAUUCUCUAAGCUUGCAAAAUUACAGCCAAAACAGAAUUUCUCUUUUGCAAUCAUUGUUGGCGACCUCUUUGGUGAUGGCUCAUCUGAAAAUGAGCUUGAAGAGAUCACUGCCCUGCUUGAGGGGAAAAUAGAGGUGGUGCUUCCGACCUAUUUCAGUCUGGGCAACCGUCCUCUUCCCACUCAAGUGGUUGAAAAGAUUCAAGCGCAUGAUGAAGUGUGUACCAACUUGUUCUUCUUGGGAAAACGUGGAACUCUCAAGACUCUCGAGGGUAUCCGAAUUGUUGCUCUCGGUGGAAAUAUGGGAGACUCAGAAGGGCGCUCCAAGCCCGAGAGCAAUGCGAUCGGCAGGUUCCAACCAACAUACAGUGAAUCUGAUGCUCGUGCACUGUUCGGCAUUCACAAAACUGACAUUCUAAUCACUAACCAAUGGCCCAAAGACGUUCGUCUUGGAUCCGGUCAGAGUGUCUCUGGGGACGAAAGUUCAGUGCCAUCUGAGCUUCAAUGCCUCGCUGAUGUCGCCGCUACCCUGAAACCCCGAUACCACUUUUCUCGCUCAGACGAAGCUUUCUUUGAACGGGAGCCUUUCUUCCACUUGCCGGAAGAGGAAGGGAAUGGCUACCAGACGACACGCUUCAUCUCAUUGCCCACAUGGGGCUCAAAGAAAGCACUCUACGCCUUCAACUUAGACCCAACAGCACCACCCUUAUUAAGCAUCCCUACAGGCUGCACCAUCUGCCCCUGGUCAGCAGCGCAAAGCAAGCGAAAGGUUCUCCCCAGUCAACGUGAAUCAUUCCAGCGCUUUGCUCCCUCCGACCAAGACAGAGACCCAGGCCACAAGCGUCGGCACAAACAACGUGCCCCUCCACCAGGCCCAGAGCAGUGCUUCUUCUGCCUUUCCAAUCCCAAUAUUGCCACCCACCUCGUCACAUCAAUUGGCAACGACAGCUAUAUCACUACCGCCAAGGGCCCCUUGCCUUCACCGUCGUUUUUCCCCUCCCUGGGAUUCCCAGGCCACAUGCUCAUCAUCCCUUUCGAACACUGCCCCACCAUCGAUCUCAUCUUCGACCCAGCUACUCGCGCCUCAACAUUCGCCGAGAUGCAGCGUUACCGCGAAUCCCUCCAUCAAAUGCUCAACGAAAAGUCAGGCGGCAAACUCGGCGCCGUAACAUGGGAAGUCAGCCGAUCCGGGGGCAUCCACACACACUGGCAAUUCCUCCCCAUGCCGGUGGAAAAGAUCCGCGGGCGUCUCGUCGAAGCGGCGUUCCAAAAGGAAGCCGCCAAUCUGGGCUACGAGAAGUUCAAGACCAUCCCGGACCGCGAACAGAUCGACAAGCACGGCAUGAACGACUACUUCCGUCUCUUUAUCUGGACGCCUACACGCAGCGAGGGUGAAGGCCGAGCUGAAGGCGAAGCACAAGAUUUGUGGUCUGCGCCCGCUCAUAAGGGUGUUUAUAAGACUGAAUCUGGUGAAGAGAAAAUUACCAUGUUGCCCAUUCAGCCCGAAAACCGCUUCGAUUUGCAGUUCGGUCGCCGUGUUAUGGGCAAGCUACUUUUGUUGGACCAACGCCUUGACUGGAGAGAUUGCACGCAGACGGAGGAUGAAGAGACGAAGGAUGCGGAGGCUUUCAAGGAGGCCUUUAAGAAGCAUGAUUUCACCAUGGAAGUAGAGGAGUGA